AUGAGCACCCUGGAUGGGAUCAAGAAGACCCCACUCCUCCAAGUCCACAGCUGCGCCACUCCCGAUGUGGGCUUCACCCACAUCAGUGUCAGGGACCCUAUGAGGACAGCGAGACACCUAGUAGUGGCGGAGAUGGGUGACAGCAGAUUGGAGUCCCAACAUAUUCACACCGCUGGGACUUCCAAACGGGAGGUCGGGGGGCACGUCUGGGACACUGCAGGCAGUGAGACACUUAGCCUAAGUGGGAAGAAGGCCCUAGAAACUUAUGGCACAGAGAGGGCAGCCUCUGAAAUGAUGGCCAGGUCCAAAGACAUGAAGACUAAAAAGUGUGCUGUCUUAGUAACAGGGUAUGAGAAGCAGAUUGAGAAAAUAGCAAGUCAAGAAAUGCAAAUGCAGGAGGAAAAUGGAGGAAUAAAAGAGGUGAAAGAGGAGGCAGGGUCCCGUCUCCUGAAUGUGGAGCCCAAUAUGAACCCUCUGGAGGCCAUCUGGCUGGAACUGGACACUGCCAAUGCUCAAGCUAACUAAGCUUUCCUCCAGCUGGAGCUCAAGCUUGGGUGGAUGCGUCAGUAAGACCUGGAACUGAGGAACUACAUCAUUCAGAACAUCCCUGGCUUCUGGAUCACCACUCUUCAGACGCCGCAGCUGUACCCAGUGAUUAGGACCCAAGAUGAAGAGAUGUUAACCUAUAUAACCAAUCUGGAGGUGAAGGAGCUCAGAUACCAUAGGACAAAUUGCAAGUUCAAGUUCUUUCAAAGAAAUCCCUUCUUCAGAAACAAGCUGAUUAUCAAAGAGUAUGAGGUCGAAUCCUCUGGCCGUGUAUCUCAUUCUGCUCUGAUCAUAUGGCUCAAGGGCCAUGAACCAUAGGUUGGGAACCCAGAUGUCCUCAUCAACUUCUUCACCUAGUUUUCAGACCACAGUCAUCCAGAGUGCGACAGAACUUCUGAGAUGAUCAAAGAGAACUUCUGGCCAGAUUCCCUAGAAUACUACCUGUUACAUAGAGAAUCAGAAGUCACCAGACAAGGAAUCAGAAGUCACCAGACAAGGAAGCCAGUAGAGAUACCCAGGUCCUUUGGGUUCUAA